UUCGAAACCGCCACACCUGCAGUUCGGUCACAAGCAGUGCCAUACAAGGGUUCCAAGCGCGUCGAAGCCGACACUGUCACCGAGCUCUUCCUCAUCCAGGCUAAGAAGAAGCCACGUCUCGACAUCCAGGACCAGAUCGAACGUGCCAGCGUUCUCGCUACACAGCUGCGUGAUAGCGUCAAGGAUGACGCAGAGAUCACGACCUCUGCUACCAAACAGAGUGCUACCGAGGAGCUUGUGCAGAUCUUCGAGAGCAUGCAGGAGAAAACUGUGAGCGCCUCAAAGUCUCUCGAUGAUCUCAUCACAACCCAGAUCAACCUCGAAGUCAAGCUAAAGAUGAAAGCCCUACUGGACAUAACAAAUGCUGUUAGCUUCGGACCAUCGAAACCAAAGCCUCUGAGAACCGAAAUCCAGGAGUAUCUCGCCCCUCAUGACCCCAGGUCCGAGGAACGCAUCGUUAGACUGGCUCAUGAGAAGAUGGCAGGAGUCACAUCUGGAGAUUACACUGCCAAAAUCACAGAAGCGGUCAUGUCGGCCAUCGUCGAGGAGUUCCAGAAGGGCAUUGAGAAGCAACUGCGUAGUUUAUUGGAGUGA